AUGAGGAGGCAGAACACUACACGGGCGGAGAUACCGGAAGGGGGCCAAAGCGUUGACGGCGAGAGUGGCUAUCGUGCGCGACUCUCCGUCUUGGGCCCCGGGGCUUCAAAGUUUCGUCUGAUAUCGACGCAUAUCCAUAUUGUCAAAUGUCCGCCGAGAUCUGGCAUCUUUCAAGUUUCAGCACGGCGUGACCCAUCUCACUUGGACAUCGUCAUCAAUUGUAAGAGGGAUGACACCUUUCUGACUAUGACUGCGAAGGAUAUAAUUAGAUUGCUGAGUCACGCUCCGCAGGAAGCCUCUGCAUGA